AUGAAUCCAUCAAAGUCUACUCAAAAUAAACAAGAUUACAAUACACUGUAUAUAGAAUUCACAAAAAGCGAGCUGUUUUCGUCAGAUUACUUUAAUUACUGCUGUUCGAAUCUCAUUUCUUCUUAUCAAAACCAACAAUUCAGUGACUUUGCAAAUUGUAUUCAGCAGCUGAUAAUGUGCACUAAUAAGAGUAAUAUAGAAUAUAAUUUGGCUGUUAAUAUACUUGAAAAACAUCAAAUACUUGAAUUCUUAGUUGAUACGCUUAAAGAGCCAUUUAAUGAAUACUCUAAAAAUAUAUCGAUCCUGCUUCUUCAAAUUAUGAAGUUUCCACCUGAAUAUAGAUAUGAUUUAAUCGAUGAUGAAUUUUUAAUUCACAUGAUUUCGAUACUGAUCGUUCCGCAGAGUGAUGAACAAAUAGAUUAUGUUAUUUACAUUGUCCAAUCAAUUCAGAGAGCUCUUUGUUGUCCGAAAUUUUCGACUGAAUGCAUUUCUAACGCUAUUGAUCUUAUUAUGAACUAUUUUAACAUGUGCUCUGGAUUUCCUAUUGUUAUUAACGAAAUAUUCAAUGUUUUUGCUUCGAUUUGCGUUAUACAAAUGAAUCAUAUUAAUAUUGAAUUUUUCGAGCUUGUUAUUGACGCAUGUAUCCAAUACUAUAAUGUUAUUGAUGCAUGUCCUGGUAUAUUCUAUGCUCUUGCAAGUGUUUUAUCUCAAGAACCAGGAUUAACAGCUUUAAUUGUUGAGAAAGGUAUAAUUGAAACGAUUUUUUCGCAUGACCGUGAAAUUGAUGAUGCAGAACUAUCAUUUCUUGAGAUUUGCCUUCAAUGCGAUGAAGAAUUUAUUGUAAAUCACUUAAUUCCCCAUUUGAACUGGGAUUCUAUUAGGUCUGCUAUAUUGGAACCAAAAACCACAAGCAGAACAAGUUGUUUAAUUAAGCAAAUCGUUAAAAGUUUUCCGGAUUCAGCCACAUUUUUAGAAUCUCAUGGAAUCUUUUCGGCUUUAGCGGAAAUGGCAAGGAACAGUGAUUUCAUGACAUCCAAGAAAUGCAUCUCUGCUAUUCAGGCUGCUUCUAAUUAUUUUUCAAUUGAUGUGAUAAAUUCUUUAGUUCAGAAAGGAUUUAUUUUGUCAUUGGGCUCUGUUAUGGAAAUGAGUGAUAAUCCGUUGAAAUAUUGCCCUCUUUUAACUAGAAUUUUGUACUUUUUAAACAAUUCUCUAGGACCGGACGCUGUAAUUGCCAUAAAUGAAUAUGAUGAUGCCCAAAUUGAGGACAUACUUAUGGGAACGGAGGAAGAUAUUAGUGAAAUUGCAGAAAUGGCUGAAAAUUUGCGAAAAUAUAGAGAUUCACAGACUUUAUAA